AUGGGAUCGAGAGUCUUUCUCGCCGCGGCCGUGGUGGCCGUGGCCGUGGCGGCGGCGGGGGCGGACGUGGCGGCGGACCGGGCGGAGUGCUCGGACAAGCUGGUGGCGCUGGCGACGUGCCUGACGUUCGUACAGGGGCAGGGGCAGGCGCCGACGCCGGACUGCUGCGGGGGGCUGAAGACGGUGCUGCAGACCAGCCCCAAGUGCCUGUGCGUGCUCGUCAAGGACCGCGACGACCCCGGUCUGGACUUGAAGCUCAACGUCACCAGGGCGCUCGGCCUCCCCGCCGCCUGCGGCGCGCCCGCCAACAUCUCCGACUGCCCAAGGCUACUGAACCUGCCGCCCAAUUCCAAGGACGCGGAGGUCUUCGAGCAGUUUGCCAAGCAGCAGGCAGCCCAGAGCAGCCCAAGUGGCGCGUCGAGUGCGCCGAGCACGGGCGCACAGAAGAACGCGGCGGCGAGGAUGAGGUGGUUGGGAGUGGGCGGAGUUGGUGUGGCCGCACGCGCAGCGCCGCUCCUCUUCUUCGCCGUGCCUUUCUUGCUCCUUCUGCGCUAA